UAUCCUAGUUCGGCGCAUCGUGUGGACGAAAGUGGCUCGUGACGCACAGCUAAUCCCAACGGCAACAACAACAACAAAAAUUCCGUGCCAACAACAAAACCAACACACCUGCAGCCGCACCUGUAACCACAGCAACAACGCCCACAUAAUGACCCAAACUGCAACCAGGAAUCAGGCCCCAUCUGCGCCGGCAUCGCUAGCUCCAAUCUCAUCUCCGUCUUUGACUGUGAUGCCGUCGCAGCGGCUGCAAUCGUCGCUGUCGCUGUCGCUGCCGCUGCCUCUGCUGCUGUCGCUGAUGCUGCUGCUGCUCCUGUUGGUGCCGCCGCAGCCUUGCGAGAGCCGAUACCUGCCGACAAGGUCGCAUGGCGACGAAUUGGAUAAGUUGCGUGAGCUGAUGCUUCAGAUUUUGGAGUUGAGCAAUGAGGAUCCACAACAACAGCAACAACAACAACAGCAACACCAAAUGCGUCUGCACAAUGAGGCCAACAAUCCGCUGACCGCUCAGCGUGGCAGCAGCAGCAGCAACUCCAAUGCCGCCUGGCUCCAGAAACUGGGUGCUAUCGGCGCACUCGACACGGAUGCCGGCUAUGGGCGCUACUAAAGACGAAACCCCAACAACCAAACCAACCAUGACGACCCCCAUUAAAUUAUGGAAAAACGAAACUAGGAAUGCAAACAAAAAACAUAUUUGAAAUGCCUAAAUUCUUUAUUUAAUUAAGCAAAUCAAAGAGAACUGGUUCCGAAAUUGAACACAAUCCAAAGCGAGUUACAAAUUUUAACUGUUUUAAAAGAAAUUUUUGUAUAACUAAAAAGUUUAUUUGUAAAGCCAAAAUUCUUCAA